AUGUCAACAUAUCAAUCGACAGGUAAUUCAGAACCAGAGCCAGAGCAGCAUCCACCAAUAGCUAACAGUCAGACAAAUACACCUAAAAAGAAUACAAAUAGACAACCAGCCCCACCAGUCUCCCAAAUCAAUGAUUCAUCAAGUACAUCCGAAGAACAAUUAGAACAACAACCAUUAUUAGACCCCGAUGAUCCCCAAGUCUCUCCAUUAAACCUCCCCCAUAUCCAACGACUUAAAUUAUUUAUAAGAAUAUUGGUAUAUAUCAAUCUAUUCCUAUUAUUAAUCUUGGUCAUUAGUGAAUUCUUUUCGAUUCCCUGGUUUAACAAUAGAGGGAAAUCAUUUUUAGAAAUUGAUUUAAUAUUGAUUUGUUUAUUAAUUAAUUCGAUACAUAAUUUAUUCUUUAUAAUUCCGGCUUAUUAUGAAAGAAUUAUGGGUAUUGUGAUUGCGAUAUUUUUGGUGGUUGAUUUGGUGGUGGUUAUGGCAGUGCCGGCGAUGAGACAGAGAUUGGGUGGGUUGGGGGCGGUGUUGAUUGGUUGGACAUGUUUUAAUUCAUUCAUAAAUUCGAUGGUUGAUUAUUGGGUUCAGGAAGCAAGAAAUUCUCAAGAGAUUAGAUUUACUGGUAGAAUUGAAAAGAGAAGAACCGUUGGAGAAUUGAUGAUUAUGAGUUUGAAAGUAUUGAUUGAAAUAUUUAUACUUUGGAUUAUUUGGUGUAUUAGUUUAACUAUUUUAUUGAGUAGUUUUGAUACUCAUGAAAAACCUUGGGGUGAUUUAGUACCUGUGAAUAAUAAUCGAUUCAGGAUCCAUUUAGCUUGUUUUGGAGAUGUAUAUGACAGCAAUGCAACACAACCAAUUGUAUUGGUUGAUGGAGGACAAUUGAGUUCAAGUGAAGUUUUCCAAGAAUGGAUUGAAGAAUUAUAUCAUUUAAAUAAAUUAGAAAGAUAUUGUGUUUAUGAUAGACCAGGAUAUGGAUUUUCCGAUAGUGCACCACCACCUAGUUCAAUUGGAAUAAUUAAUGAUUAUUUAAUGGAAGCUUUGGAAUCACAAGGGAUUGAAGGUCCGUUUUCAAUGGUGGGGUUUGAUAUUGGUGGAUUAUAUGUUAGGAAUUUUGCUAGUAGAUAUAAACAUAAGAUUCAUUCUAUUUUGUUUGUUGAUAGUUGGCAUACUGAUUUAUUGAAGAAAUGGCCAUUUAGUGGAGGACAUAGAAAGAAUGAAGAUUUGUCGGUAUUUAAAGGUUCAUUGGAAGUUAUGGAUAAUUUGACUGGGUUUAAACUUUGGGUACGUGGAUUUAUAUCACCAUUAGGAUUGGUUGCAAAUAUUCAUUGGUUUUUCCAUCCUAUGAAAUAUUCCAGUAAAAGUAGAAUAUUUGGUAGUGAUUUUAUAUAUCAAUCAAGAUAUAUUAGAGCAAGAUGUCAAGAACAAUUACUAUCUGGGAUAUUAUCAUAUAAUGAAGUUAUAAAAUCUGAUAUUAAUGGUAUUACUGUUGUUGUUGUUUCUAGUGAUUAUAUGAUUAAAACAUCAUUAAAUUGGGGUAAAUGGCAAAGAGAAAUAAGUAUAUUAAGUGAUAAGACUAGUGAAUGGAUAAUAAGUAAAGAUACUAGUCAUUAUAUUUGGAAGAGUAAUAAUGGUAAGAAACAAUUACAAGAUGUUUUACUAAGAUUAAUAGAUUGA